AUUUGCUCUUCUCUUUGGUGAUGUUUUAGGCAACAAGUUUCUCUGGCCAUGGGAAUUUGUUUGAGCAACCAAAUUAAAGCUGAGACCCCAUAUAACACUGGGUUAAGUUCAAAGAAUGUUGGUAGCCAUAGAAAUGAUCUCAGCAACCAAAAUAGUAAGGUGUCAACGGUUUCAAUGCCUCAAAAUCCACGAACUGAGGGUGAGAUCUUGCAGUCACCGAAUCUAAAGAGCUUUACUUUGAUCGAACUUAAGGCUGCAACAAGAAAUUUUCGUCCGGACAGCGUCUUGGGAGAAGGUGGAUUUGGAUCAGUUUUUAAGGGAUGGAUUGAUGAGCAGACAUUUGCAGCUGCUAAACCUGGCACUGGCAUUGUUAUUGCUGUGAAGAAACUUAAUCAGGAUGGUUUCCAAGGUCACAAGGAGUGGUUGGCUGAAGUGAACUAUCUAGGCCAGCUUUCUCAUCCCCAUCUGGUGAAAUUGAUUGGGUAUUGUCUUGAAGAUGAACACCGCCUUCUGGUCUACGAAUUCAUGCCUCGUGGAAGCUUGGAGAAUCAUUUGUUCAGGAGAGGCUCAUAUUUUCAACCUCUUUCGUGGUGCCUUCGCUUGAAGGUCGCUCUUGGUGCUGCAAAAGGGCUUGCAUUUCUUCAUAGUGCCGAAACAAAAGUGAUAUAUAGGGACUUCAAGACUUCAAAUGUGUUGCUUGAUUCAAAUUAUAAUGCAAAACUUUCUGAUUUCGGUUUGGCGAAGGAUGGCCCUACCGGUGACAAAAGUCAUGUCUCCACAAGGGUAAUGGGAACCUAUGGAUAUGCAGCUCCUGAAUAUCUAGCAACUGGUCAUCUCACUGCUAAGAGUGAUGUCUUUAGUUUUGGAGUUGUCCUAUUGGAAAUGUUAUCAGGCCGGAGGGCUGUUGAUAAGAACCGUCCUUCUGGGCAGCACAACUUGGUGGAAUGGGCGAAGCCAUACCUUGCGAACAAGCGCAAGGUUCAUCGAGUGAUAGAUAACCGUCUAGAAGGCCAAUACUCUCCAGAUGAGGCCUUUAAGGUAGCUGUCCUUGCACUAAGGUGCCUAGCACCAGAGUCCAAGUUGAGGCCAAGCAUGGAUGAAGUUGUUAGCAGUUUGGAGCAGCUUCAGAUUGUCAAUGUAAAUCAGAAUCGUCCUGGCAAUGGCCAUAGAGUUCGCAGAAGAAGCGCCGAUGAUGCUAAACCUGGGAGAAUUAGCACGGCAUAUCCUCGGCCAUCUGCAACUGCACUCUGCACUUGAAACUUAAAGCUGAAAGGCUAUGCAUACUGCUGAUCCAUCUCCAUGAACUCGAGCAAGCUUAGAUCAUAGUUUAUAUAACAGAUUGUACAUAUCUUACUGUAGCUAAUACAUUCAGAGCCUAAUUUCUCUUGAUCUAUUUUGUUGCUCGUGUAAUGUUCAGCUGUUUCAUCCUUAGGCCAAAAGGGAUACCUUGUAGAUUUGGUUUUGGAGAAUGAUGGAAUAAACUGUGGUUUAAGUGUCACUAAGAAGUAAGAACGGUUCAUUAAGGAGCAAAAGCAGCAUUUAUUCUAAA